CGAACGGUGGAUCAUCAUCCAGAAAGCAUCAAACACAAUAAUUCCCAAUUCUACACCUCUCUUGCGAUCAAAUCUGUUCCAAAUUCAACAUCCAUGGCUCUGAUUCCAAGCAUUUUCGGUGGCCGCCUGAGCAACGUCUUCGAUCCCUUCUCCUUAGACAUUUGGGACCCAUUUGAAGGUUUCCCAUUUUCAACCUCACUGGCCAACGUCCCAUCCUCUGCUCGUGAAACCUCUGUUUUUGCCAACACUCGAAUCGACUGGAAAGAAACCCCAGAAGCCCACAUCUUCAAGGCCGAUCUUCCCGGUAUCAAAAAGGAAGAAGUCAAAGUUGAAGUGGAAGAAGGUAGAGUGCUGCAAAUCAGUGGGGAGAGAAGCAAGGAGCAAGAGGAGAAGAACGAUAAAUGGCACAGAGUCGAACGAAGCAGUGGAAAGUUCAUGAGGAGAUUUAGGUUGCCGGAGAAUGCUAAAGUUGAGGAAGUGAAGGCCAGCAUGGAGAAUGGAGUGCUGACUGUGACAGUGCCUAAAAUGGAAGAGAAGAAGCCUGAAAUCAAGUCAAUUGACAUCUCUGGUUAGAUUUGAGGACAUUGUUCCUUUGAGUUCUGAGUUCUGAGUUCUGCCUCUGCUUAUGUUUGUUUAAUAAAUAGUGAAAGAAUGAGGUUUGUUGGUGUGUUUUGCAGUGUUGAUAACUUUGUAUACAUAAAAAUUGUUUGGCUGUAUGUUGUGGGAAUGAAUAUAAUCUAAAGUUGUUUGUUAAAUUUGUGUUGUUCCUGUAAAACUUGGUGAAAAAGGCCAACAUAGAUUACAUAUCUAUGCUUCAAAGGUAA